AGAUCUAUGCCAGAAUGGCGAACGUAAACUUGACAGCGCAUUCAUAAACCAUGAUUAGCAAAAAUGAAGCUGUUAAAAAAGAAAACUGUUAACAAAGAAAUCUGUUUAUUUGAAGACCGUGUAAAAAUGUUUGCCACUGAGUGCACUGUUUUCAGUUUCAGUGUUUUUCUUCUCAUUGUAUAUUUUUGUUCGUUUCUUCGAAAGUUACGUUCAAUACUUUUGGCAAAAAUUUUAUUCCAUAGUUAGUGAUCUAUGAGAUGACAAGCAGUACAGCUGUAACUGCAGUACUGGCAUGACAGAUGAAGAUUUGUUUGAGCAAAGUGUAUAGAUGAGGAGGUGAGAGAGCUGGAGAGUAUAAAGGACUACAGCAAUGCUGCUUCACUCUUACCAUUUUUCAAUCUCAAUUCAGCAUUUUAUUAAUCCAGCAAUUUAGUAUUUAAUAGUGUUUUUCUUUUCUCUCUAAAUUAAAGUGACUAAAUUCUGUUGCACUAUUUCUGUUCAUUUGCUUUCAUCUGCAUCUCGACAUAACCUUGGCAAUAUACUUCCCUUGGUUAGGGAAGUAUAAUACGUCAGCACUUGUCAUUCAGAAAUCAAGCAUAGUUCUAGAGAGAUUUUCUGAACUAAGAAAGGAACCUUAGAGAUUUUCAGAUGAUUCAGCGUCUGUAUUUGCAGCUCCUAAACAGGAUGUAGGAUAGUGCUAUUUUAGAGAUACCUUGGCAAAUAUUAAAAUCACAUCUUAGCUUCUUCACAAAUGCAGUCCCAGUUGCUGCUUCUCCUUUGUCUGCACAAACAACUCCCCUCUUAGCAGUUUUCCAGCACAGUGCUUAGUAGUGCCAUGAAAACGUAAGGGUGUGUGAUAGCGACUGUGAGUCUUUUUCAUGAAUUGUCACAAAACCCAUAAAGAGGAGUAAUAUUUUGCCUGACAUAUGGUCAUGAUCUUCCUUUCUUUCACACUUUCCUAUACUUCUUCUUCUUUAUGAGAAUUUUGCUUUAAAUAAACACCACCACAUCUGCAGCUUUAAGUUUCCAGUUUUCAUCAGUGUGUGUAGGUGUCAGCUGUAUUCCUAGAAUCUGAAAAAGCAAAAUUGUGAAGUGAAAAUGCAGACUCACCGGUGACUGAGUUUAAAUAAAUAAAUAAAUAAAUAAAUAAAUAAAUAAAUAAAUAAGCAUGUUUUACCAAACAGUGGCUCUGAUAUAUAUAUAAAAAAAAAGCUUUAGACCUACCUCUUAACAAGUUUCUAUUAUCUGUUCAACAAAUGUGAAUCUUGCUGAAGUUCUCAUUCACAAAUACAUACAUUGUAUAUUCCAUGGAAAUACUAAUUGUUUUCUUUUUUGAGUGACCAAAUAUAUAUUUUUAAAUGUCGCUAUUUGACAGAUAUACACUGAUGUUUCUUUGCUUUGCUCUAAAUCUAUGAUAGUGUCUAGACAGUGUGUCUGUGAUGAAUAAUACCAUUUCUGUUGUAAGAUACAUGCUCCAUGGUCCAGUUCUGAUGCUUACGUGCCCAUUGUAGGCACUUUCAGUGGUGGACAGGGGUCAGCAUGGGCACUCUGACUGGUCUGCCACUGCAGCUGUUGUCCUUCCUUGGACCACUUUUGGUAGGUACUAACCACUGCAUACUGGGAACACCCCACAAGACCUACUGUUUUGGACAUGCUCUGAUCCAGUCGUCUAGCCAUCCCAAUUUGUCCCUUGUCAGAGUAGCUCAGAUCCUUACGCUUCCCCAUUUUGUCCUGCUUCCAACACGUUAACUUUGAGAACUGACUGUUCAUCUCUUGAUAGGUGUGAUUGUAACGAGAUCAUCAAUGUUCUUCACUUCACCUGUCAGUGGUUUUAAUAUUAUGUCUGAUCGGUGUGUAUUGCAAAGAUUGGGAGAGAGAAAGGGGGUUAUAGAGUGGAUCAUAUCCAUACAUCAGAAAUGCGUGUGCACUGCCGGGACCAUGCAAUAGCUUUUUCUUUUUUCUUUUUUUUGGCAAGUUUGAGGUCUUUUGUGUGGUUUUUGUGAUGUAGUUAGGCUGGGGGAUUUUGCUGAAACCUGACAACCCUGGUUAAUGGCUACAGAAACACAGCUGCUGUAUCAAACCUAGUUGAACAAAGGUAUGUCUAAAACCUAAUGUGUGGCAGAUAAGGAUAUUUUGUGGGCAUCUCUUGCUAAAUAUUCAAUACAACAAGUUUACUUCAGCCACUGAAGGUUGUUCUAUGUAUAAUGUUCUUACUUUUGCGAAGACACCCUUAUGCCCCCCUUAAAGUAGAACCAUCAAAGGAAGCUGUUUCCAUUUGGAAAAGUUCCCCAAAUUCCCCAAAAUGAGGCUGGAUUCUUUUAUUCAGUGCUAUUUCUUAGCACUUCUCUUUAAAAUAUGUAAUUAAGAAAACAUGGCCUUAAAUAGGUUAGUUGAGUGAAAUAUAUUUGGGGGUUUUUGCAUUCUACUUUUUAGGCUUUUUGGAAACAGGAUUUUUUGGGACAAGCAUAAUCACCUUUUUUUAAUGUUGAUGCACUCUUGGUUGUGGUGUCAGUCUUGGCUAUUUGCUGAGACAGGCUUUCUGUAUAUACAGCCUAGCACAGAUCAUCUGGAAAUCAUUUGGUUAUUUGAUAUAAAAGAGGUAUUUUUCAUUUGUGACAUUGUAUAUACAGGUCAUGUUGCCAUUUCAGUGUAUAGAUUGUUGUAUGUAUGAGUCAGAUGAUGUAUGAGCAGAUAAUGUGGGUUCUUCUUGCCGUGUCACGCACACUGACUAGAAAAUGAGUCAUCAUUCCCCAAACCAAACACACACCCUCCAUGUCACUGUGUAAUGAGUAUAUUUUCUGUAUUUUGAAAGCUGAUGUCAAUAUUCAGCUCUGGAACCAAAAUAUUCAUCAUCUGCGCUUUUAGUGGUGCUAAUGAGAACAGUGUCUGAGUCACAUUUCUAAAUUAAUAUUAAGAUAUUAAGAUAUUUUCACCAUUUGCUGUCAUUACCAUAAUAGAUUAAUGAAUUUCAGCUCAGCUGUGCAAAGGUAUAAUUUUUUCACCUUUGCAAAUAUACUCCUGGGCAAAGAAAAUGGUCCAAAACCAAACUGGCAAAAUCUUAAGCUUCUAUUGUUUAACAACAAAUCAUUGGUCAGGCAGUUAUCAAGAAUUAAACAAAUAGAUAAAGUAAUUUAGUAUGGGAUAGUUUUUCUUUUUGAUUAAAAAAAAAAAAAAUGUUUAAGCCUUGUGGCUUGACUUGCAGCCUUGUAGCCUGACUUGCAGACAGCUUUUUAUUUAUUUAUUUUAUUUUAUUUUAUUUUAUUUUGUACACCCAGACAUGUGUUACUUUGAAUUUUAUCUAAAACAUUUUAAUCAUUAUCAUGAUUUUACCUUUGCCCACAAGAAUGCUAUAUAUUUCCCUGUUUCUAGUUUAUCCCCAAACAGUUCACUACAGCAAAAGUAAAUGAGCAAAUGGUGGCACAGGAGGUCUCAGGAGUGCAUGUGUUAAAUUCUGGCUCAUUUUCUGAGCAAGGAUUUGUAGUUAAGACCAUUAAAAGCUUAAUAAUUUGCCAUUUUGGGCUUUGCUCAUUUUUCCCCCCAGUAGUGUAGUGUUUCAUCGUGUUAGGGAUGCACCAGUUUUGGGGGUUUUCUUUUCUUCAGUAAAAUACCAAUAUCAGAGUUCUGAGUAUUGGCUAAUACAUGAUCCUGAUCUGAUACUGACAUCCUCACAGCAGUGGAGUUGACUGUCUGAGGUUUUUUUUUUUUUUGGUCUUAAUAUCUAUGCUCUGUGCCAUGUCAAUCAAUGUAGCAUUUUUUCAUGACAUAAAAUGCUGGAUUAAAAAAUAUUAAAUCUGCUUAAAACUGAUCCAAAACUUCAGAUCUGUAUAGGCUUCCAUACUGAUACUCCGUAUUAGAUGUAUAUAACAUUAUGGGAAAUCUGGGCAGGAAUUCUUAUUGCACUGUACCAAGUGGAGAUCAGUCAUGAUCAGAUCCAAUUGAUUAAGAGAUUACCGAAAGUGCUUACUCUAUCUUUCUGACAUUGGGAAGAAGACCAGACAAAUGCAGCACUCAGCAUUGGACACCUUCCUGACUGCUGAAUAAUGAUUUAUACUUGUUCUUAUUCAAAGGUUUCACAGCUUAACUAUCGAUCUGGAAGCUUUGCACUGAUUUAACAAUGUUCUUCUGAAUUUGACAUUUUGCUAUGCCCACAUACGGUUACAAGCAGUUGUAUCUGUGUACAACAGUCACCUUUUAAUGCUUAACCAAUAAUGUGUGGUUUAUGGCUAUAACUAAGACAAAUCUAUUUUUAUUUGUGGUUAUGUGUUGUUUCUCACUGGCACUUCACAUAAUACUUUCGAUUAACACCACAGACUGUGAACAGAUGAGUUUUGAACUUGAAGCACAGAACAAAUACAUAUUUAUCUGUCCAGUCAUCUUUAAACAUUCUGUUUUCUUCAGUGACAUUUAAAUUUUUUUAACAAGCCAUGUCGUCAUUUCACUAAUCAGACCAGAGAGGGUAAAUGAAAUCUUUUUAAAAUCCAUGAAAGUCUGUGAGAACUCUUCCUUUAAAGAAUUAUAAGCUGCCUUCAGCUGAAUAAUUUUUAAAAAAUGAUGUGAAUAACUGCAACAUGCACCUACAGAAAGUCUGAUACAGAAGCAGAGGUGGUUCAUGUUUAAAAACUAGCGUGGUUGUAUUGUUUUUCAAGUGUUUCAUUCAAACUGCUGAAAUUCUUUGCCUGGUCUGCAUCUGGACCGCGGUUGAUGACUCCUGGAGUACAGUGUACCAUGGAUUUGUUUCGGAAGAGCAUGUUGUGUGGUAAUGACGCAGGCAGGAAUCCAGCAUUCAAAGCAAACUGUUUUGUUUCGCUGUGAUUUCUAGUCUUAAUGCCUGCACUUUCGAACAUAUUGUGCUAAUUACAAACUGUACUGCAUCAGUCUUUGCAUCAUCACUGUGUGAAGCUCAAAUAAACCAUGCUAAAUUUGCACCCAGCAGUUAGCAUUGCCAUUUCUCUAAUGCUUGAGGAAGUCCAGUCCUUGAGGAAAAAAGCCAUUAGAGCCCUUUGUGACCAAACUCACAAUCACUUUUUCACAAGCAUUUUUAAAAUAUAUAUGUAUUCUUCAACAUCUGCUCCACACUUCUUUUACCGUUACACUCACUAACUGAAAAUAACUAUAUAACUACAUUAAGCUGUAUCACAUAGAUAAGCAGACAUAUCAGCAACACUCAGCACUCAGCAUACUCCAUACCCUGGGCACCCCAGACAUCAUCUGAGAAACCUGAUAGCAAUGUUUUUAGUUCUAAGCAGCUCUCUGUCUCAGUCCAUCUAUCAGAUAGAGUAAAGUUGGAGAUGGGAUAGGAAGUAAUGAGGAUACAGUUCCAAGAAGCGUCUAAUAGGCAUACUUACAGAACUGCAUAAUGGUUUUAGAUAUUUUGUCUCUUUCCUUUAUGCUGUCCAUUUUGUCAAUUAUAUAUUCAAGUCAAGUGAGUUUUUAUUGUUAUUCCUCUACAUAGCUUGUAUACAUUGGAUACUGGGUUAGGUGUUUGACUAGCCCAGGUGAGCAUUGGGAGGCAGCUGGGUGUUGAGUAAUCUAACUGCCUCCGGAAAGAAAUUGUCGUGGAGUCUGCUGGUGAUGGCAUGGAUGCUCCUGUACCUUCUGCCAGAUGGCAGAAGAAUCCAUGAGAGGCGUGAGAGGGGUUGUCCGCAAUACUGGUGGCUUUGCUGGAUGCAGCGGUUGUUGAAUAAGGGGUCGAUGCAGGUCCAGCUGGUCAACGGCAGAAUGGACCAACAACGGAUGAAACAGAAUCACAGAGGAGGCAGAUGAUGGAGCAGCAUCAGAUGCAAAUUGAAAGGGAGCGGCGGACAUCUGGCUCGGCAGUUUCCACCCUGCAGUUUAAAGUAUCUGGCUCUCAGUCCAACACGUCUCCAACAGAAUACAGGCAGUUUCGUGCCAAUACACUCCCCUCCCACACCCGCUUUGCCCCCUCCCCAUCUUCCUCCCCCAGCUCCUCCUCUUCCUCACAGGAGCGUGAGAACAUCUCUUACAUGAAGGACUCAUCUCAGAAAAAGGCUCAGCAGUUUUCACAGCUCUCCACCUCCCUGGCUUCGGCCUUCUCUCCCGUGCAGCCAGGGGGCACUCUGCCUUCUCGAAAUGUGCGUCAGAUCCCUCUCUCUCCCCCUACAAGCUGUCAGUCUGACCCCAAAGACACCACCUGGACCUCUGCUCAAAUCUAUCACCCAAAUAGCUCUUCACUCCAGCCAGUCAUACCUCUUAACCAGCUUGUACAUCCCACUACCUCCACCCAGUUUGAUGCUAACAGCCAGUUAGAGCACUACUACCCCUGUCAAACCCCUUUCAUCAAGUCUGCCUCAGGGCCCCCUCCUCUCCCACAAUACUGUAAUCCUGAGCUCUCCUACCCUUCCCACUGCAAGGAUAUCCCCCUUCCUGCUCACAUUGGUCAGUGUGUUCAAGGCCAUGCCCACCAGCCCCAGUUUGCUGCCUCUUUCAUCCCUCACCCCUCCAGUGAAAACACGGCUUUCUCUUGUAGCUCUGUGUCACUCGAGACCACAUCCCCUGCUGUUUCUCAGACUGCCACGGCACCCAGCACAGGCCCUCCCAUCCCUCCAGGACAUCCCUCCAUGCUCUCAUCCACUCCCCCACUCCACCCCCCUGCUCCUGCCCCCAUGGCAGGUCCUCCAGCUCCUCCACCUCCACCUGGACCUCCUCCCCCAGCUGCUGCAACACCUCCUAACCCCCCUCCUCUCCCAGCUCCAUCAGGCUUGGCUGCAGCUCUGGCUGGAGCCAAACUGCGCAAAGUACAGCGGCCUGAGGAGAGCUCUGCAGGGUUGGGCAGUGCCAAGAACGAUGCGAGCCGCUCCAGUGGAGGCAGCGGAGGAGGAGGAGAGGGCCUCAUGCAAGAAAUGAAUGCCCUCCUAGCACGAAGGAGGAAAGCUUCCGAAAAACCCGAAGACAGUCAAAAUGAAGAGUCCAACGGCUCGCCAGCCUCACGUGGCUCAGAUGCUCUUAAAAAGCCGUGGGAGCGAGCAAAUUCUUCAGACAAAUCCUCUGCUGGAUCAAGGUUGAGAGCUGUUGGCAGCACCACUGACGGAGAAUCAGGAGACUUCGACAGAAUGAAACAGGAGAUCUUGGAGGAGGUUGUGCGUGAACUGCAUAAAGUCAAAGAUGAGAUCAUAGAUGCCAUUAGAAGAGAACUCACUAGGAUGGGUGCUACAUAGUGUUCAGAAGCAUGAAAACACCACCAAAAGGCUCUUGGGAAAGUAUGGAAAGGAUCCUGUGGCGCUUUGGAGGAAUGGUCUUGCAACAUAGCUGCAACGGCAUGGAAAAAGUUGGUGUUGCAGGAAUGUUGCAUCAACAAGGAGCAUUACAGAAAGGAGCAAGAGAAAGAAGUGAAAUGGAAGUGAUUUAGAGUGAGUGCUUGUAUGCAUGUGCGAAUGGGUGGAUGUAUGAAAGGAUGUAUGGAUGGACCUUCACACUGAAUUUUCUAUUUCCUCCUGUAUAAACAUUAAAAGACUAAGCCCACUGUGCAGUUUGCUGCUCCCAGUCUUUCAAGUCUUAAAGAGAAAUUUGACAAGGUGGACCUUGAUGAAGAUAUUUGUGUUUUAUACGGUUUUAUUGUUUCAUUACUGUUAUUGUAAAAGUAAUUUUAUUAUCAGUGGCAUCUGCCAGAGAAAUAGAAACACAAAGUUGUCACUUUUUAUGUCAGUGUUUUAUAUUUCACCUUCAUAUUUUGGUUUUUGAUAAGCACAUUCAGCACAAUUUUGUGCUGACCUGUCACCAUCCCUCAUUACAGUUUUAAUCUUUUAUUUAUUAGGUUUUUGUUUUUUUUUUGCCAAUACACAUGUUCACUGGAUUUUUUUUUUUAGCUUGAAUUUGAAUUGGUAGUGUGAAGUUAUUGAUGAUGGUCGUAUGAGAGAUGUAUCUGUAGCUAUAGCCCUGUAAAAUGGCAGUUUGUGGACUCUCCUCAUUUGUUUUGAAAGAGAAUUGGUUCCUAAUAUUAGGUCCUAAAUAAUUCAAAUGAUUAGCCUAGCCUACUGGGUUAAUCCUCUUAAAAGUUAACAUUAAAAUGACCUUUGAAUAAAACACUGAAUCUAUAA